AUGUAUGCAGAAAUCAAGAACCAAAUUGUUCAGUUAUUAAAAACAUUUAACAAACUUUCUUUUACCACUGACAUUUGGUCGGAACCCAGUGCUGGGGUUUCUCUUUUAAGUUUGACAGCACAUGGUAUAUCAUUGGAGUUCCAAAGAGUAAAUAUUGUACUCAGGUGUGAAAGCAUCGAAGGCAGUCAUACUGGCGAUGUUAUAAAAUCAACUAUACUUUCAAUGAUAAAUGAAUGGCAAAUUUCUGAUAAAGUACACUGCGUUGUCCAUGAUAAAGGGUCUAAUAUGAUUAGAGCAAUGAAUCUUACUAACUUUUUGCACAUAAACUGUUCCGUACAUCAGCUUCAACUUUGUAUUAAAAAUGCUUUAAACUUAAAAGAAAUUCAAGGGCUUAUUGCGACUAACAGGAAACUAGUCUCACAUUUCAAUCACUCACUUUUGGCAAAGGAAAAGCUGAGUAAUAUACAAAAAAACAAGCUGAACCAAAAACCUCUUGGUGUAAUACAGGAUUGUCCAACCAGAUGGAAUAGUACAUAUUAUAUGAUGGAAAGAUUAUUGAAAAUUAAAGACUCAAUAAUAUUGUAUCUUAACAACUACGAGCAACUUUCCAUAACUCUCGAUGAUUGGAAAAUAAUGGAAAAAUGUGUAAACAUCUUAAAACCUUUUGAGGAGGUUACUCGAGAACUUAGCAGUUCAACUAUUUCGAUUUCGUCGGUUAUACCAUUAAUACACAUUCUCACAUCUAAAUUAAAUAAAGAAAAAUCAUUGGAAAGCGGUCCACCUUAUGUAGCCAAAAUAAUUGAAACGCUUAU